UUUUUUUUUUCUCGUGUGUGUGUGCGCGUUGUUCAUUUUUCUUCCUCUUCCAGAGACUCGAGCGAGUUCGCUGGGCAGGAGAGAGAAAAAAAUAAACAAAAACAAAACAAAAAAAAAAAACCAAACCAACCAAACGCGCACACAUACGUUUUUGUAAAGGGAAUCCCUCUUUUUCUCCUGGAUUUGUGGAUGCACCGAUGAGAGAUCCAGCCUUCCCAGGGACUGCCAUGGCUUACCACCCCUUCCACGCACCCCGGCCGGCCGACUUCCCCAUGUCCGCUUUCCUCGCAGCCGCUCAGCCUUCUUUUUUCCCCGCUCUGGCUCUGCCUCCAGCGGCUCUGGCCAAGCCCAUGCCGGACCCCGGGCUGGCCGGGGCGGCCGAGGCCGGGCUGCACGUCUCGGCCCUGGGACAUCACCACCAAGCCGCCCAUCUCCGUUCGCUCAAGAGCCUGGAGCCCGAAGAAGAGGUCGAGGAUGAUCCCAAAGUAACGCUGGAAGCCAAAGAGCUUUGGGACCAGUUCCAUAAGCUGGGAACCGAGAUGGUGAUCACCAAGUCCGGGAGGAGGAUGUUCCCCCCGUUCAAGGUGCGGGUGAGCGGCCUGGACAAGAAGGCCAAGUACAUUUUGCUGAUGGAUAUAGUGGCGGCCGACGACUGCCGCUACAAGUUCCACAAUUCCCGCUGGAUGGUCGCCGGCAAGGCCGACCCGGAGAUGCCCAAGCGCAUGUACAUCCACCCCGACAGCCCGGCCACGGGGGAGCAGUGGAUGGCCAAACCUGUUGCCUUUCACAAGCUCAAGCUCACCAACAACAUCUCGGACAAGCACGGCUUUACCAUCCUGAACUCCAUGCACAAGUACCAGCCCAGGUUCCACAUAGUCCGGGCCAACGACAUCCUCAAGCUGCCCUACAGCACCUUCCGCACCUACGUCUUCCCCGAGACCGACUUCAUCGCCGUCACCGCUUACCAAAACGACAAGAUCACCCAGCUGAAAAUCGAUAACAACCCCUUCGCCAAGGGCUUUCGGGACACAGGGAAUGGCCGGCGGGAGAAGAGGAAGCAGCUCUCGCUGCCGUCGCUGCGGAUGUACGAGGAGCCCUGCAAGCCGGAUCGCGACGGUGGCGAGUCGGAUGCCUCCUCCUGCGAGCCCUCGGCCGUGCGCGACGCCCUCCACUCGCCCGUGGGCCCCGUCCCCAGUCCCCUGCGCCUCAAGGGCAGCGGCAGAGAUGAGAAGCCGGGAGCUGACAGCGAUGCUGAGGUGGAGAAGGCUCCUGAGGAGCGGCCGGCAGCAGCCACAAGCCCCGGUGGGGAGGACGCAACGCCCCGUGGCAGCCCGCGGUGCCUGGAGGAGAGGAGCAAGGAGAGGCGCAGCCCGGAGAAGGCCAAGGAUGGAGCAUCCCCCCGGGAGGGUCCCGGUGAGGGCCUGUUUGGUGUGCGAGGCCUGGAGAAGGACAAAGUGGAAGGACGGAGGAAAGAGCUGGACCCAAGCAAGAAGGACGCAGAGGGUGGUGGGCUGGGCAAGGAGGCCUUCGCGCCGCUGAUGGUGCACACAGACAGCCCCCCGCACCUGAGUGCCGGGCACCUGCAGAGCCUGGCGCUCUCUGGCCUCCACGGGCAGCAGUUCUUCAGCCCUCUGGGGGCCGGGCAGCCCCUCUUCAUCCACCCGGGACAGUUCGCCAUGGCACCCGGAGCCUUCUCUGCCAUGGGCAUGGGACACUUGCUGGCCUCAGUGACCGGCGGAGGCAGCCUGGAGAACGGAGCCCUCUCAUCCACUCCGGGCGCGGCAGGGACGGCCACCCCAUUCCCUUUCCACCUCUCCCAGCACAUGCUGGCCUCUCAGGGAAUCCCGAUGCCCACCUUCGGCGGACUCUUCCCCUACCCCUACACCUACAUGGCUGCAGCUGCGGCGGCCGCCUCGGCCAUGCCGGCCACCAGCGCAGCAGCCGCUGGGCCACUCUCCCGCAACCCAUUCCUGGGCAGCAGCCGUCCCCGCCUGCGCUUCAGCCCUUACCAGCUCCCGGUCACCAUCCCUCCCAGCACCAACCUGCUGACCACCGGCCUGCCCGCCAGCCUCAACCUCGGCUCCGAGGGCUCCAAGGGCAGCAGCAGCCGGGAAUCCAGCCCCCUCCCCGAGGUGCCCCUGCACAAGGGGGGCAGCCAGCGCCCCACCGCCUCCCCCAAGGGCUCCCUGAAGGAGUCUCUCAAUGAACUGCAGAACAUCCAGAGACUGGUGAGCGGGCUGGAGAGCCAGCGGGACCUGUCACCCGGCAGGGAGUCCCCCAAGUGACCGUCGGGGCAGGCAGCGAGCCCUCCCGGCGGGGCGGAGAAGCACUGGUAUUUUUUUUGUACAGCACAGUAUGAAUAUUUAUUGCGGAGCGAGGGGUGGGGGCGGAUGGGGAGCAGGGUGCCGGAGCAGAGGGAUGGAUGGAGCCCUGCUGGCCGAGCGGACCCACCGCCACAAAACCAGGAGCGAGAGGUGGGAGCUCAGGGCUCCCCAGGGUGUGGGGCUGGGAGCUGCUCCCCCGGCUCCAGCGCUGUCGCAGAGCCCCCCAAUCCCUCCUCUGCUCCCCUGCUCCAGGCGCUGGGCAGCUGGGGGGCAACGAGCUGGAGUGGGGGUACCCCAUGGAUGGGGCAGCCCUGACCCCCGAUUCCAGGGAGAGGAGUGGGGGCGAAACCUCAUCUGUGCACGGGAACACGGGGAGGGAGGGGAGGACAAAAUAAUUAACAACAACAAAAAAAAAUAAGAACUUAAAUAUGGGAAAUGAAGCGCCUCGGCAGCCGCCGCGCAGAGCUGGUACAGCGGGGGGACCCCCGCGGGUACCCGGGCAGAUAUUUAUGAAAUAAAUGGUAAUUUGUGUAAAUAAGCUAUAAGGAUCCCAGAAUAUGCAAAUUGGUAUUAAUUUAUUCAGAGUUGUACAUUGGUGUGUACAUAAUAUUUAGAGUUUAACUCAUCGCAUUUAAGUUUUCUUGGUUUUUUUUUUUUUUUCAUUUUACAUGAACGUAUAUAUUGUAAAUGAAAACUAUUUAGCUCUUUGUGAUUGAAGGAGAUAUUGGUUUCUUUAACUGUGUUUUAAAAUAUUGCUUAUCCCGCCUGUUCUCUAGGACAAUCAUGUGCCACCGUUAAAACAAUUUUUGGAGUGGUUGAGUGGACUUUUACAAGGGGAAAAAAAAAAAAGCAAAUCCAAAAUGUAACUAAAAUUUAAUCGCUACAGUGCGGGGUAUAGAGAAUGCAGGAAUCAACCUCAGGUUUUUAUUUUUCACUCCAGAACAGAAAAAAAGAAAAAAAAAAGUAUAAUAAAUUUAAAUAUCACAGGACUGUGCUCUAUAUUUGUUUUAAAAUAAAAAGAUACAUGAUUUGCAACGUGAUGGUUACUCGGGUAUCUGUCUGUUCAGUUUUGAUGAAUUCUCACAUCUUUCAAUA